GGCCGGAUUUCAAAACAAUGAUAAAUGUAAGAAGACGCAGGCAAUUAACUCGAGUAGUGCUAACAAGAAGAACAACUUCGUUGAAAACCUACUACCAAUUGGAUUCCUUCAGUUGACUCUCGAAGCUAACUCUCAUAUGUAGAAAAAUAGAAGGGGAUGUGCGUGGCUUGCUGGAAGGGAUUGUCACUUGUGAGAUCCGCAGUUUUAAUUCAACAGGUCUUGUACGAUGUUCAUGUUGAGGCCAAAGACAGGUAAUAUUUUCCUCAUUUCUGGUGGGUGGCUAUGCUUGUUGGAGUCUUGAUUUAGAAUUUGAUGUGUUCCAAGUGAAGUUUUGAUCUCUAUAAUUACAAUAAAUUAUGGAGUGAGUUUGUUUGUGCGUUGAAGAGUUAAAAAGGAAAACAGCAGAAAUGAGGAACCCCAAAGGGAAAUUGGAAAUUUGUUGGUCAGCAGAAAUAAUAGCCAGCAACCUGGACCUCUUAACUGAAAUCCUUCUGUGGGCACCUGCAAAAUCUCUCCUGAAAUUCAAGUGCGUAUCAAAACGAUGGCACUCUUUGAUUUCUGACCCCAAAUUCUGCAUUAGCCACGCCCGCUGUCAACGGAUGCUAAACCGUACAGCCGAUGCUCUCAUGCUCAGCAAUGGCUAUAAAUCCACUCCUGAAUUCCAUCUUGUCCCUCUCAAACACUCCACUAAAGUCCCAUUCUUCGAUUAUUUUAAUGUUUCUGAGGUCACAAUAAUACAUUCUUGCAAUGGCUUGCUUCUUUGCUGUUGUAAAUUGAUGUUGGAUAAACCCAAAUUUGUAAAGACGACACAAAUGAAAAAUGAUGGUCGUUAUGAGUUCAGAUAUUUUGUUUGUAAUCCCACUACUAAGGAAUUCAAGAUACUCUCUCCUCCAAAACCUGCAUAUUUGUCGCUGAGCUUGGCGUUUGAUCCUUUGAUAUCACCUUACUACAAGGUUGUUUGUAUUUGCAAAGGGAAUUCAUCGAAGCAAAAUUUUCAAAUAGAUGUUUAUUCAUCAGAGACUGAAUCAUGGAGUCUACUUCCUAUCCUUUUCGAAAUGCCAUUGGGAAUGACUUAUUCUAAUGGAGUAUUUUUGGAUGGUUCUGUUCAUUGGUACAGCUAUGCAGAGACCUCACUGUAUUUUCACAUUGAUAGUCAGUCCGUUAAGAAAAUGCCGAUGCCUUUUAUGUUUUCAUGGGAAGGUAUGGAUUGGGAUAUUAUGUACUUUGGGGAAUCCCGAGGUCAUAUGCAUUUGGUACUGACCAAGAACCGUUCCUCUUUAGAAUUUGAUGUUUUCGAGAUGGAAUUCGAAUAUACAGGAUGGUCUUUAAGUUACCAUGUAAAUCUGCAAUCUAUGAGAAUGAUGUUUCCUGAACUAACAUGGAACUUCAUGAACAAGCAUGCUGUGUUUUCAGUAUUGAGUAUUAUUCAGGGCGAAAAGGAUGAGGAGAAGAAGGUUGUGAUAUUUGUGGACGGUAGAGCUAUGUCCUAUAAUCUUUGUGAUGGGACAUCAAUCAAGAUCUGUGAUUUAAAACCAAGACCUGGGCGUUCGGAUAUUGCUAGAGUACCAUGGCGUUAUGAAGGAUGUCAAGCCCAUCCAUACUUCCAGUCCCUCGUUUCUGUUUGAUCAACACUUUUUGGCAGGUUGAAGGCACAUCAUCAUGGAUAUUGUACAAAGAAGUCACUAAGUACCUGUCCUCCCCCUUCUGAACGUUAAGACAGCUUGUUGUAUAAACUCAGGAGACCUUUGUUACGAAUAAGUAUGUUCCAUCGUUUGCGUGUUUGUGAGAAGUGGUGGGUAUGAAUCAUGAUUUCAAGCAACAAUUUUCAUCUUCUAAUCAGAUCGCCUGUUUUGUCUUAA